AUGUCUCUGAAACGAGCACGGGCCCAGCUUUCGGGUUCUGGCUAUGGGCUUGAAGACUUCUGGGUUGAUGAAGAUGACAAAGCUGCUUCAGCCGCUGCUGGUGCUAAGUUUAGAAGCUUUCUUCUGGAAAGAUACACCGAGGGCACGUUUACUGCAACCGACACUUGCCUUCUGGCCUACUACCAUACCGAAAGUGGGGGUGAAGGUGCCGAAGAUCUAGCCCUAGCACCAGACCAAGCCUCGACUCAUGGAUCCGAACACUUGAAGACUCCCAUGAAGCACCCGGUUCGUGUUGCCUCCGAUAUGAUUCGUGAUGAGCUGAAAGCCUUGAACCUGCUAGGGAAUUCAAAUCCUUGCAAAGAAACUGUGGCUACGUUCCUUGAGAAUGAUACAGCUCUCGGCGACCGGUACGAGAAGCACCCCGUCACAGUGCAAGCCCUGAACGAAGGGAUUCCCCGAGAACGUAUUGUGCCUUUGUCUGUGUACUUUGACGGUGUCCAGUACACCAAGAACGAGAAUUUUUUGGUAUUUUAUUUUACGAAUCUACGGCUGCGACGGCAAAGUGACCCAGAAUGGUCCAAGAAGGGCUCGGAGGUCUGGAACCUCACUGCCUCGGACACUUCUCUCCCCUCCGAGGUCCGUGCGUUUUGCGACAAGGCCCUCGCAGGGUCCACCUCCUUAGCCGACCUUCGGGCUGAGGGCACCACCCUCCUUUGCCAGCUCCGACGCACUCAAACUGCCCAACAGGCAGACCAAUACGCCGAGUGGCUAGAAGAGGCCACUGGCUCACACCUCGGUCCACUCUUCCGGGCCAUCAAGUCCCACGAACUGGUGCUCGAACGUCCCUUCCAGGACUGUGAUGGGCUUCGCCGCGUCUUUGAGCGGCAUGAGCACUGGGCGCGUGUGUGGCACGGCUCGGUCUUCCCUCAGCCCUUCUCGCACCCUCUCCUCGCGGAACUCCGCUCGAGGGCUGUUUCUCACGCCAGUUCCCUGGCUCCUCUCACCGUGCCAGACCUUCAAAAGCUGCUCAAGAAGGGCGGUAAAAAGAAAGGGGGACCUGACGGCUGGAGUUACCCAGCCCUUCGCGCCUUGGAUCCGGCUGCUCUUCAGCUUGUAGCCGACUUCCUCGCCCGCGCUGAGGCUGAGGUGCUCCUCCCUUUCCAGCUCACCUGCGCCCUUCUUCCGAAGUCGGCCGACAAGGAGCGGCCUAUCAGUCUCCUCCCUUGUCUGUGGAGGUUGUGGGCCCGAGCCAGGUGGAAGGACGUCGCGACCUGGACGUCGGCGUACUCUCACGACCACCCGUGGGACCGCGCUGUCCCGGGCCAGGCUAGCAAGACUCACAUCGUGAGUCUUUUCCUUGACCUGAGAGGCUUCUUCGAUUCGGUGAGCUACGAGCGCCUCCUCCUUCAAGGCCUAGCUCACCGUUUCCCUCCUCUCCACCUUUGGUUCGCCCUCCAGGUCUACCAAGGCCCUCGUUGCCUCGUUGCCGACUCGAUCGCAGCCACGCCAAUUUUUCCUGGCCGGGGCGUCCCCCAGGGGUGCCCUCUCGCACCCUCCCUUUCCAAACUCACCAUGUCCGAGCCGCUCAAAAAGGUCGCUGCUAUUCCCUCCGUCACUAACACCGAUCUUUGGCUUGACGACGUGAGUUUGGACGUUGUUGGUCCUGACCCAGUCCAGGUAGCCUCUGCUGCCCUUCAGGCCUACCGGGUCCUUCACUCCUCCCUCGGCCUUGAAGGCCUCGAGGUCGAGACGACCAAGACUAAGUUUGUUGCUGGUACGGUGCGCGCUCGCGCCGCACUUAACCAGCUCCGGCGCCCGGGGGAACCUGAAACCGCAGACCUCGUUAAGGACCUUGGGCUUGACUGCGCUGCCGGCAGGAGAAGGCGCAUCACCACUGCGCAAAAGCGCUUCCGUACCGGCAUUGGCCGUGUUCGGCACAUGCGCCGCCUCCGCAUCCGCCGACGGUGGGUUCGUGGCCGCCUGCUCCAGGCUUCCGCCCUUAAGGCUGGCCUUUAUGGUCACCGGGCCAUGGGAGUCGCCCCCAAACGCCUCAAGUUCCUGCGGGCCGCUGUCGCUCGCGAAGCCGGCCGUUUUGAACACGGCUCCGCCGACACCAUCCUCGACCUCAUGUCCCACAAGGUCGUCGACCCUCACCAGCUUGUUGUUGUGGAGCAGCUCCAGGCGCUUGGGCGCCUCGCCUCUACCGCCUACCGCCUUCCCAGAAGGCGUAAACCUUCUCCGCCGCACGUGGACCUCCUCCUGGUCCAGGCCUCCGCGACGCACGGGUGGAAGAUCGUUAAUGGCCCCGUUUCGGCCCUCAUCCAAUACUUCCUGGAUUUGCGGGUGUCGGCUCCCACACCGGACACUUGGACACACCGUGGGGAAACCUUCCACUUUCGCUUCCAAGAACCGGGUGCGGUCUUCGAGGCCUCCGCUUUCCUCCGGCAGGUCAUCCAGCUUGAGCGCUGGUCCCGCAUCGGCGCCGUCUCCACCGCCGUUGGCACAAUCCUUCACUCUGGCAACGGCAGCAAGGACCAGUGCAAAUUCUGCGGGCAGCCCAACACACUGCACCAUCUCCUCUAUGAGUGCGAGCGUGUGCCUGGCGCCCUCAUGCCUUCCGGCUGGUUGAAGCGGACUGUCAAGUCGUUUUGCUGCCUGCUGGCGACAACAACGGCCCAGCCGACCGACCGAAGGCGACUGUCCUUCGUGGCUGGCGGACGCGAGGCGCGAGAGGCCGUGCCGGAGGGCGAGAGUGAGGCUAUCGCCCAGGCUCUCCUCUCUUCCCGUGGCACCUUUGACCUCACUUGCGAUUGCCGGCCCGCCCUUCGCAGUCUCCAGGGCCCCUUCACCAAGCGCACCCCGCUUGUUUGGUCCAAGGCGUGGGAUCACAGGCACAGGGUUGACCCACACUGGGUCCGUUCCCACCUCAGUGUCCCGGAUUUCUGCUUGGAAUUCGGAGCUGACGCUCUGUGGCGUCAUGAGCUGAAUAUCCUCGCCGACAAGCUCGCUGGGGCUCGAGCUGAGGAGGUUCAAACCCCUCACCGCCUUGCCGCUCAAAAAGAGGUUGAUAGAGUUACCUCUCUCCUCUGCGAGUACUUGGGACGUCGCGGUGCCGCGAUACUUGCCCAGGCGGAGAAGGAGGACUUUGUCCCGCGGAAGAACCGCCUUCUUUCCGCCCUUGAUACCUCCGCAUCUCCCUCGCCCAACAAGAGGCAGAGGUUGCAGGCCUUACUCGACGUCGACCCCCCGGACACCUUUGAGCGCCUUAUUUCCUUCCCGGGCCGGUUUGGAAGUGUAGCCAGUGCCAAGGCUGAGGUUGCAGUGCCGACACCGGGCUCAUCACCAACAGAGCCCGUCCUGGGCCACCCUCUGCACCAGCUGCGGCCAUUUCUAAAGGACAAGCACGUGAAGGCCAAAGCGGCCGAGACGCACGGAUUGCUUGCAUUCGUGUGUGAGAUGUUGGCCAAAUACAAAGCUCGUUUGUCGACCAGCGGCAGCGAGCAGGAUCAGUUGUUUUUUGAGCUGGCGACACACGCUGGGCAAAGUGCCAUGGCUUUCGAUGCUGUCAUGGCCAGACAUGGCCGGGACAUCAAUGCGGCAGUUUCUGGGGAGAUGCUGAUGCAUUACGACCGCUUCAUCGUUCUGUGCAGUCGUGCUGGCUUUCCGCUGAUUCCUAAAGGCCAUCUGAUGUACCACUGCAUCCAGAGGUCUGUCUUGCAGGGCAACCCACGGACAUAUUCGACAUAUGUUGACGAAAGCUACAACGGGGCGAUCGCUCGAGCCUGUCGGUCAGUGCACAGGCGAGGGUGGGCUUGGGCGGUGUACCGCAAACUUCAGAUUUUGGAAACCGUGAGGGCGGCUUCGCAGACGGGCGAUGACACGGAUUGCUUUGCAGGUACGGCAUCGCCUUUAUGGGCAGGCACUAGCACGGGCAAAAAGAACGACAGUGCUUUCACUUACUUUGAUCUGAUACGAGUGAGGGAAUGGCGGCUGCUGGCAUCGACUUUGGCUCCUGAGGCAGCAGAGGCGAUGGCGAUCUUCCGGAAAUGGUAUGCCAACUCAGCGCUCCUGCUCCUCUCUCUCCGGCUCAAACCGGCCCGCCCAGAGCGGUCGCCGUUGAUCAAGGAGAUCCAGGAGGCCGUGGGAUGGCAGAUGGCCAUGCAGCAAGUCAGCUUUCCCGUCUUUCGAGGUCCUGGACAUGAGAUCCAAUGGGCCACCUACGAGCUGGUGGCGGGGUGCAACGGGGAUUUCGGCCCCUUCGGGGAGACCGUCGGCCCCUUCGGGGAGCCUGACCUACACCUGGCGGUGUACGGACGAUGGUCUCGACCUCUGUUUCAGCUACUCGUCCAGCUGAUGAAUGUACAUGGUGACGAUAGUGCUUUCACUUACUUUGAUCUGAUACGAGUGAGGGAAUGGCGGCUGCUGGCAUCGACUUUGGCUCCUGAGGACGAUCCAGUUCCUGGUGCCGAGGAGGCUGUGACAGGCUUGGACUUGACAGUGCUUUCACUUACUUACUUUGACACGAAUAAUGGGGGCAUGACGAUGGCGACGAUGGCGGCUGCUGCUGGCAUCGACUUUGGCUGUGACAGGCUUGGACUUGUUGCUACUGUUACCAAAUAUGAGGCCAUGGCAGCUGCUCCUGCUGAGGAGUCCUGGGCCCUUGCCUCCGGGCUCGUCGGCGAGUUCAUGUUCGCCCACUUCUGGGAUUCUGUCAAGGGCAGCCACAUCUAA